CGUCAAUGGGAAAUUAGCAGUAAACCACAUACCACAAGCGUUAUCUAAGGAAGAUGCAGUGUUCUAGUGCAUACCUCUGAAGGAGCUGAUCCUGGGUGUGGAAUAGUCUCUGCGUGGCCCAGUUUGGAGCAGACUGAUAAGGCUCCUUGUUUCUUAGCAACGACAGUCUGCCGUAGCCAGAAACCUGCCCCUCUGCAGCUGGAGGGAAAAUUCUGAAUGUCUCAAAUUUGUAUCUUGAACCAAGACCUAUGUCUUUCCUGGGCAUGGAGGUGCCAUAUGUCCUUCUCUUAACUAGACUCGUAGCAGAAGUUGCCAGCAAAUCUACUGAAAGUUCGGUUUCAGAAACAGAAUGCUGUGUGGAUAUGUUGGAUUCAAACAGUUCCUGUCCAGUAACCAACCAGUGCAGUCCAGGUUGUUACAGACGAUGGAAUGAGGAUGGUAGCAGCAGUUGCAUUAAAUGCAAAAAUGAAACCCUUCCUGUUUCAUCUGUUUACAAUCUGACCGAAUGCAGAAAUACUGGUAUCAGAGGAAUGAAUUUCCAAAUGAAUAUAAGCACCGUCACUCCUUUCAUACAGAACAUAGGGGGCCCAGAAGUGGCAGCCUCUCUCAUCUUAGGGACAUUUUUCAUCAGUUUAUUCCUGAUUCUGUCUGUUGCUUCUUUCUUCUACCUCAAACGUGCCAAUAAACUUCCUAAUGUUUUCUACAGAAGAAACAAAGCAUCUGUUCUCCAGCCUAGUGAAACAGCAUCCAUGAUCCCUCCCCCAGCUUCUUCAGUUCGGAAGCCACGAUAUGUCAGACGAGAACGGUCGCUAGUGACGUCUGCAUCUGCUGCUAUCAUCUCUUCUUCCGAAACCAGGGUCAGCAAUGUUUAGCCUUCAUUCUUGACUGAGGACUUUGUAAGUGUACACAGUAUCGAAGAAAAUUUUUCUGAAUCCACUGAAGUGCCAGGAAAACAUCGCAAGCAGCUGACCUAAACGGAAGCCAAAUUACUGUGUCAAAGGGUUUGUGCCAAAUGUUAACAGAGAAAUAAACUAAUGCAAAGAUACUGAUGGCAGGCGACAUCCAGUUUGGUGAACUGCUCUGGUGAUCUUGAAAUGCACUGUUCCAGCUCUGUGGUUUCAUUUGGCUCCUACAGAUGCUGUGUUUAAAACCUUUAAAGGAUCUGCCUGCCUUUGGUACACUUUCAGUUUUGGCAAGUUCUUCUGCCUGUGUUGUGAUGUGUUCUGUGUUCCCAGAGCUGAAUGUGUCACUGCUGCAGGUCAACGCAAAAUACUGGGAUUACUCAAGGAUGUGGACUUGUUUGAAGGACCCACUUGUAAAUGCUAACACUAAGUGCCACUGCUUUAACGUUGUAGGACAAUAUAACGAUACUUAACAUGCAGUAUCCUAUUGAAGCAAAAAAUGAUGCCUCCUGGAGCAGCCUCUUCAGCCUAUGACAUAGCUGACCCUGGUUUUUAACUGUGAAUAUAGACCCACUAUCCAGACACUGUUGUUCUUGGUGCUUUUGAAGGCUGUGGUCAGUAUGGGUCCAAUCCCAAGUGUGGGAAUUUGUUGGGAAGCUUUUCCAAUUGGCUUCAUCUCAGUCCUUGGAUAAAGAGUCAUUUGCUUUGGCUUUGUAACUGAUAGGUUGCUACGUCUGUCCUGCAAAGACUGUCUCUGCCAGCUUCCUUCCCUUAACACAGCAGUUGAAGGGAAACCAUAAUUCCCACAGGGUAGCUGUGCAGCCAUUAGACAUGUCUGUGAGUAUUGAGAUGAAGUGGAGAGGUCAGGUAGCUUCUGCCGAUGCAAUAAGGGGUUUCUUUGGUCAAGCCCUUCGUUAACAUGCCUGACAUCUGCAGGCCAGCACCUUAUGACAGAGCUCAACAAGUAUUUUCUUGUUGAAUGUGCCAGCCUAAAUAGCCCCUGCUC